AUUGUGAAAUCUCACAAACCGGAAAUUGAGUUAGCAUUCCGUAGCUAAACUAUCAAGUGAGUGUGUGUGUGUGUCUCCAGUUGUGAAAAUGUUACCAUUAUCUAUUAAAGACGACGAGUAUAAGCCGACCAAGUAUAACCUGCUGCUGAAACUCUCCGGAUGGUUCAGGUCUAUCCUCGCCGAUAAAACUUCCAGAAAUCUGUUCUUCUUCCUAUGUCUCAACCUGUCCUUCGCCUUUGUGGAGUUAACGUAUGGUAUCUGGAGUAACAGUUUAGGUCUGAUCUCAGAUUCUUUCCACAUGUUUUUUGACUGCACUGCCCUGCUGGCAGGUCUGGCAGCCUCCGUCAUCUCCAGGUGGAGAUCCAACGAUAGCUUCUCCUACGGCUAUGUGAGAGCAGAGGUUCUGGCAGGCUUUGUCAAUGGGCUCUUCCUCAUCUUCACUGCUUUCUUCAUUUUCUCGGAAGGAGUUGAGAGAGCUCUAGAGCCUCCAGAUGUUCACCAUGAGCGGCUGCUUCCUGUCUCUGUAGCCGGUCUGCUGGUGAACCUGGUCGGGAUCUUUGCAUUCCAGCAUGGAGGACAUGGGCACUCACAUGGAGAAGGAGACCACGGACACAGUCACUCUCUGUUUAAUGGUAGCACAAGUCACGGUCACAGUCAUGGAGGACAUCACCACCACGACAAACAUGCAGAUUGCCACAGUCAUGGAGGACAUCACCACCACGACAAACAUGCAGAUUGCCACAGUCAUGGAGGACAUCACCACCACGACAAACACGCAGAUUGGCACAGUCAUGGAGGACACGAGGAACCACACUAUAAUGACGAACUGCAACACCUGCCGGGAAAAGGCUCCAGCAAACAGAUCCUGCAGGGAGUCCUGUUGCAUAUUAUUGCAGACACUUUGGGCAGUGUCGGUGUGAUCAUCUCCGCUCUGCUGAUGCAGAAAUAUGAUCUAAUGAUUGCCGAUCCCAUCUGCUCCAUGCUGAUCGCCAUCCUCAUUGGAGUCAGUGUGGUACCGUUACUGAAGGAGUCUAUUGGGAUUCUGAUGCAGAGAACUCCAUUUUCACUAGACCAUGCCCUACCAGAGUGCUACCAGAGGGUGCAGCAACUGCAGGGAGUGUAUAAUCUGCAGGAGCCUCACUUCUGGACUCUGUGUACUGAUGUUUAUAUCGGAACAUUAAAGCUGCUGGUCGCCCCUGACGCUGACACCCGCUGGAUCCUUAGCCAGACACACCACAUCUUCACGCAGGCAGGAGUUCGGCAGCUGUAUGUUCAGAUCGACACAGCUGCCAUGUAGAAGCUGCUAAUAUUCCACUACACUUGGGACCAAUCGCAUUCAGUCUACUUCUGCAGGUGACUUCUGACCCCGACAGUCACCACAGCACAGACUGGAAUAGGGGGAGGGCUCUCAGAACUGAUGAACUAAAACAGCCCCACCCACUUUCUUAAAAAUAAAUAAAUAAUAAUAAUCCUGCUCACAGUGGAAAUUCUGCCCCUCCCACAAAGAAUUAUGGGUAAGUGCCUUUGACAUGAGACAAUCUGAGCCCCUUCCAGCACCUCUGACAUGACUGCUCAGACUUGAUUGGUUGACAGUGCGUGUGAAGUCACUCUGUAUGUGCCAAACCAUGUGACCGACCAGUGGAUUUAAGCCUUUUUUUUUCUUCUUU